CAAAGUAGACUGAUAAAAACUUCCCGUAGAAGAAUAAUGGCGACUUGGGCCAGGUUAGGCGUUAGUUUGCGGAAUACAGUCAGACGUUUCUGGCCUCUCAGAAACAUAGGGUAUGGUCGUGCUAUUGGAGCGGGUCUUCUGGGCACCGUUUUAGCAAACGGAUUCAUUCACUAUAAAAAUGACCCGCGAUGGAGACUCUGGCCACACAUCGUGUACGCGGAGGACGCGAAGAAAGAGGAGAUCAAAGUACCACCAGUGUCCAUGAGACGCCUGCGGUUUAACCAGUUUGCCUCUAUGAUCUAUGAAGAAGAGCCAUACAUGACACCCAGAGACUUCCUCCAUUCAGUCCUGAUGGAGAACGUGGAUUGCAAACUAAAGAAAAAGAUGCUGACUAAAGCAGAUGUGGACAAUAUGAUAAGGGUGGCUUCCAGGGCUGAGGCAGGAAAUAACAUGUUCAGAGGAAUCGGAGACAAAGGGCUGAUCUCAUACACUGAGUACCUGUUUCUCCUCACUAUUCUUACAAAACCUGAAACAGGAUUUCAUAUUGCUUUCAAAAUGCUUGAUAUUGAUGGCAAUGAGCAUGUGGACAAGAAGGAAUUUCAGAAGCUGAAGAAAAUAAUUAGACUGAGAAAAGAGCUUCUAAGGCAGGAUGGGACAGAGCUGUCUCACAUUGUUGAUGAUGUCAACACUACACUCGAGGUGUUUUUUUUUGGGAAAAAUGGCAAGAAUAAACUCCAUUACAAAGAUUUCUGCAGAUUUAUGGAAGACCUGCAGGCAGAAGUGCAAGAAGUUGAGUUCCUGCGGUUUUCUAAUGGGAUGAAGACCAUGAGGCGGGAGGACUUUGCUGAGUGGCUGCUUCAUUACACCAAUGAAGAGAACAAUGAGGCAUACUGGGAAAACAUGAGAAAGAGGAUCCCCACUGGAGAGAGCAUCACCUUUGAUGAAUUUAAAGAAUUCUGUCUCUUUACCUACCAUCUGGAAGACUUUGCCUUCUCAGUCAAAAUGGUUAAUGAAGCCAACAGGCCAAUAGGAAUGGCUGAGUUUAAGCGAGCAGUGAAGAUAGCGACAGGUCAUGACCUUUCAGAGAAUGUUCUGGACACCGUUUUUAAGAUCUUUGACCUGGACGGGGACAACUGUCUGAGCCAUAAGGAGUUCCUCGCUGUGAUGAAAGACAGAGUUCUUCGUGGACUCCGGGUUCAGUACCAGUAUGGUAUUUCUGGUUAUUGGAAAUGUGUGAAAAGAGAGACACUGCAAGGAGCUCAAGAGGCUCUCCGUAAAACCGGCAGCCCUGUCUGACACAGGAAGAGGUCUGCCUUUGAGCGUGUCGCUGGUCAGAUGUGGUGAUACAUGCAAUUCCUUGUAUGUCUGUGGAGGAGAAUGGUACAUAAUUAAUACAAGCACCAGGGAUUGUUAGUUGUACUGUCAGUAUACUUUUCCUUUAAAAUGUUUACAUGGUCCAAAGAAAAUAUUGCUUUUGAAGCAAUAUGGCUGUUGGCCCAAAACCUAAAAAAGAAACAAUAUUCAUAUAAAAAAUUAAUGACAUUAUUAUGAGCUUUAUUGAAAAUCUGUGAAAUGUUUUUGGCCUUGAAUUUGUGAAAUGGCCUGUGCAUAGUCCAACACUGUAAGUUUUGUUUUUUUUUUUUUUUUUUUUGG